AUGGAGUCCUCCUCACACAUAUCGGAAGUUCAGCAAGGGGCAGACCAGCCUGGAUGGGAUACUAAGCUACCUCCCAGGCUCUUCGCCACCGGUAGAUACCCGAAAGCAAGCCUAAACGUUUAUUCAAAGCUAGAUCACCUAACCUUCAUUCACCACCACCUGAAAGACAGUCCUGUCAUGGAAAGAAUCAUGAACACUUGCUUCGGCAAACUCUUCCACAUCCCCUCGCCAAGAUGCCCCACAUCUGGCAAGCUUAUUCACCAGCUUAUUACUAGGCAGCUUCUGACCAAGCAGAACCACGAAAUGUGGAUGGCGUUUGGCGGCAAGCCCAUAAGGUUCGGGCUCCCAGAGUUUGCUGCAAUAACCGGCCUUCCUUGUGGCCCAUUCGAAGAUGAAUAUGAAGAAAACGAUACAACAUCAACCCCUGAAGGCAAGGUCGACUCUGUCUGGAAAGAGAUUGUGGGAGAUGAUCCGAAAACAACCAUAGGCGACAUUGCAGAUUUGUUUAAAGAAGAAAAAACAUUGCUGUCCAUGUCGGAUGACAGGAAGUUCAAGCUAGUGCUCAUACUCAUCGUCGACGGUGUCUUAGUCGCCACACAUCAGUAUCCAAAGCCGACGCCAAAAUACGUGUCCAUGCUCGCCGAUAUUCAGAAGUUCCUUCAGUACCCAUGGGGACGAGAGUCUUUCAUCAGCACCCUAACCACACUGCGUCCAGAAGCAAAAGGGAAAAAAAAAAACCCAGAUCCAGUGGCUAAAUUUCGCGCCCAGACAAGAGGCGGGACCAUGCGGCUCCAAGGUUUCCCAUAUGCUCUUCAACUCCUUGCUUUGAAAAACAUACUUAUACUACAAAACUUCCUGUCAAGUGCUGCGGAAGAUCACACUCUAUUUGACAUCCCUGGGAUAUCAAUUCCAACUCACGCUGGAUUGAAUUGUGAUGAGGUCUUGCAAGGAGAAAACCACCACGACCUUGUUGUACAUCCUUUUCUCACGUCAACGGACCCUUCCGUUCUAGCCCAGUAUGAAUGGGACGACGAAGUCACAGACAGAAGAGUAAUGUACCUGCAGAAGAAAAUUGAAGAUAAAUACUCUUUCGCACUCACCGACUGGCCUCACGGCGAUGGCUCACUGGAUCUCAUAUUUCCCAAACCCCCAAAGCCAAAACAAGUGCACUAUAAACAACACAUCAUCAGCCGCAAGAAACGGAAGAGCUCAGUACUACACCCCAAAGAACCGAAGCCUAAAAGAAAACAGGGGGGAACAGGUCCGCAAGCAUCCAACGGAGAUGUAGAGGACAUCCAACUUCUACGUGAAGAAUUUAUAAAGCUAAGUGACAAGGUCGCCGGACUACAAGCCACCAUACAGAGGUACGAGCUGGAGAGAAGGUUCUUCAGGACACAAAGGGUCAGGCAACAGAGGAGGCGUUUCAAGGCAAAAAGCAUAGCGCCCUCCAAAAUGGAGGGAUGUACAUACAGUCAACACCCAGACCUCAGGCAUGAUCCCUCGCUAUCGGACACAACGGAGCUCGCUGGUCCUUCGAAAGUAACACGAAAAUACACGCCUUCGCCUCCCAUCAAUAUAUUUUCUCGUGCUAUCAAAUUAUUUAACAAAUGGCUCACCAUACAGGACGAAGUAGAGGAACAACUGCCAACAAAAAUCUCGAUAUCUAAUCCCACCACACCAAACGGAGAGCAGGACGAGUGUCUUAAAGAUCUUCACAAAUCACAGGACGAGCAAGACGACUGUCUCUUACCCAAAGAUGUCUUACCAAACCCAGCCGGAAUCCUCGCAUACCAGGGACCUCCACAUCAUAUCCCACAAAACGGAACGGGUGACGUACAGUACACAAGCACUCACAAAACACAGAAGAACCGCAAAUAA